AUGGUCCUGAUUGACAUUGGUAUCACUUAUAUCCUACUCCCCAACGCCAAACCAAUCGUACCACUGUUCGACAACCGACGCCCAAAGAUUUUAUUCGGAAAGGAUGAAGAUGGAGUCAGGUUCUCACGCAGGGUACCCCUUGAUGUCGCCUUUGUGAUUGCGAAUACUGUCCCAUAUGCUCCUCUCAACCAGGAGAAUAGUAAUGUCCAACUCAUUGACUGUUUCUACCUCAGGAUGUUACGAUCGUUGCCUGUCUACCCCAGAAGGCAACCAGUAUCCACCCCAAAUCAAAUGGGACCAAAUCUCAUCCAGUCACCCAAGCAGACAUUGGCCACCACCAACAACCCAGAUACCAAUAUCCACCAUCACCAGAUUAUGAGGUGGAUGAGCCAGUCUUCUCUCCUCCGGUCCCUCACCUUUUCAACAAACAGUAAUUCAUAUCUAUUUAUCUUGCCGUCGAUCAAGCAGAUGAGUGAUGGGUAA